UUGACCCUUAAUCGGUGUGUGUCCCUCGCAAAAUGCUGCUCGAACUCGAGGCCUUUCAACCUGUCUUCGCCGCCGGAGACGUCCUCAUCCUCAUCGUGGUCAUCAGCCACGGCCUUCACCACAGCAACUAUUGUAUCAACAAGCUCUCUUUGAUGGUCACGUGCAGACUGCGUUUUAUGGUGAAUUUGAAGAUUUAGGUGAUGUUCUGAAGGUGUUUGAUGAAAUGUCUAAGUCAGAUGUUAUUCAAGGUCGUGUUCUUAUAGUUAAAUUUCAAAGUUACAUCUUUUGCAUUCCAAGUGUGGGUGCAUUGACAUGGCCAUGGAGGUCUAUUCUUCAGAAAAGGAAUGCAUUAAUGCAAUUACCCAGAAAAUUCACGACUGCCCACUUGCAGUCCCCGGUCUCACAUGCACCGAACAAUUUCCGACAAAACGGUGCACACAGAAUCGUCCAAGCCUUCUAUAGGAAUAUACUGUCAAUAUAAAAGGAAUGCCAUUUCAAACCAGCGCGAAAGAUCAAGUGCAAGCGCAAGACUGACUUCAAGAAACAGAGCCUUUAUAAUUUCCAUAACUCAAUUCAAGAACCUCCCUCUACACAGUAACUGUCUAACAACCUUCUGUUACUCAUCUUUAGUACAAGUAAUUCUCUCUCUCUCUCUCUCUCUCUCUCACACACACACACACACACUCUGCAAAAGACUACUUCUUGACAGAUAAACGGCAAAAUAUUUAUAUAAGUGGUCUUACUAUCUUCGUCCAUACCAUUCCUUCUUCUAUCUCAUAUCCACUACAUCUCUCUCCCCUCAAGGUCACAUAAAUCAUCUACCUAUCGUCGUCCUUACCAAUAUAUCUUCUAUCUCAUCUUCAAUACAUCAAUUUUGCUCUCUCUCUCUCAUAAUCACUCAAAUCAGUUCAGCUUCAAAACUUUGAAUGGGACAUAAGAAAAGAAACAAUCCUCGGCGCCCCAAACCACCAAAGCCACCCAAGAAUGCCUCCGCAGGUGGCAGAGCACCACCGGCUACCAGUUCAACCGAUGAACACCUUCAAGAACAGACCAAUACUGAACCAGUACCCGAUUCAACCGAUGUACUCCCUCAAGAACAGAGCAAGACUGAACCAGUACUCGAUUCAACCUCCUCUGAUGCAUUCAUAACAGAGGAUGAUUUGUCUCGAGUUAUAAGUUUUGUUAAGAGGAACAGUAAUUUUUCUUUCUGGGCCUGUAGGUUCUGUCCUGAGACGACCCAAGGUUCAGAAUCGUAUGUGCGUCAUCUUGAGCAACUUAGAGGGAACAUCUCAUCGAACUUGCAAUCAGUUGUAUCCACGGAAGGUGAUGCUCGUUCGGUUGAGAUGGGUAACAGUUCUUGGUGGUCCAAACUGCCAGAGCCACCCAAGAAUGCCGCUGCAGGUGGCAGAACGCCACGGGCUGCCUGUUCAAUCGAUGAACUCCGGAGUAUUAUGGAACGGGUAUCUUAUGUUAAGAAGCGUGUAAUAGGUGAGUUGACUACUAUGGACACCCAUGAAGCCAUGACAAUGAUUGAAAGUCAGUCGAAAUGGCAGUUGGAUGAUCCUGUGGACACCCCUGGUACUUCAGUUAAUCUUGAAUCUCUUCCAUCAACGCCCAUGCUGUCCUCAGAAGAUCAGGAACGUCCAUUUUCAGACGAUUCAACCGAUGAACUCCCUCAAGAGCAGAGCAAUUCUGAACCACUUGAUUCAAUCUCUUAUGCUAUAACCGACACAGAAUUGGAAUCCGCUUUGAAUGCUUGCGAAUCUGCUUUCGCAAACCUUGAUAUAUCGUCUGAACAUUUCCAUAUUGCGAAAAAAAUCAAGGAUAACAGUGUCAAAAAAGAAUUACACUUGAGGCGUAUGGUUGAGUUGGCUACGGGAGCAAUACAAGAAACUGAGCGAGCAUCAUUGAUUCUUAAUUCAAACAAAGAUGCUGAACAUAUAGAGAAAGAGUCGCGGGAAUGUAUAGAGAAAAGGGAGAAGGUUAGGCUGGAUCAAACUAGGAAGGAAAUUGAGGAUCGAUAUGCCAAUGAUGCAUUUGAGACAGCAGAGGUUGAUGCUGAGAAGAAUAUUAAUAUGUUGAGGAAGAAAAAAAAGAAGAAAGAUCUCAGAGAACUGAAGGACGAAAAGGCUGCUUGUCUUAACAAACAACAUGUUCUACAGGAGAAGGAUGGAGGACAAGUUCACUUCCCUGUUGCCUGUGAUGGUGAUCAUCCAAAUGCUGACAAUGAUAUUUCUGCAAAUGCCGAUAUAUUGAGACAAUCGGAGGAACUUGGGCAUAGAACUGAGCUUGAAGCACAGGAAGGAAAGGUUGAAAAAAAUUUACAGUAUCAAAGAGGAGUUGAAAAUGAGGCUAAACAAAAGCAGCUUGCCAAGCAGGAUGAGAAUACAGGUUCGUCUAGUAAAAGAGCUUUCGAAGAUAGUGUUUUGCAAUCUGCUCAACAGAUUGGUCAGUUGAUUACUAUGGACAGCCGUGAAGCCCAGAGAAUGGUUGAAAGUCAGAUGGAACCCCAGUUGGCUGAUCCUGCGGACACCCCUUAUGCUCCAGUUAAUCUUGAAUCUCUUCCAUCAAUCGAUGAACUCCAGAAAAUCAUGAAAGCACCUUCAUUUGAGAUGCUGGUAAAUGGCCAGUGGAUUUCUACGGACACCAAUCAAAUCAAGAGAAUGGUUGAAAAUCAGUUGAAAUGGCAGUUGGAUAAUCAAGUGAACACCCCUGAUGCUCUUCCAUCAACGCCUAUGUUAUCAACGAAGACAAAAAAGAAGAAAGGUCACAGAGAACUGAAGGACAAAAAUGCUACUGGUAUUAGGAAACGGCAUGUUCUAAAGGAGGAGGAUGGAGAACUAGUUCACUUCCCUGUUACCUGUGAUGGUGAUCAUCCAAAUGCUGACAAUGAUAUUUCUGCAAAUGCCGAUAUAUCGAGACAAUCGGAGGAACUUGGGCAUAGAACUGAGCUUGAAGCACAGGAAGGAAAGGUUGAAAAAAAUUUACAGUAUCAAAGAGGAGUUGAAAAUGAGGCUAAACAAAAGCAGCUUGCCAAGCAGGAUGAGAAUACAGGCUCGUCUAGUAAAAGAGCUCUCGAAGAUAGUGUUUUGCAAUCUGCUCAACAGAUUGGUCAGUUGAUUACUAUGGACAGCCGUGAAGCCCAGAGAAUGGUUGAAAGUCAGAUGGAACCCCAGUUGGCUAAUCCUGUGGACACCCCUUAUGCUCCAGUUAAUCUUGAAUCUCUUCCAUCAAUCGAUGAACUCCAGAAAAUCAUGAAAGCACCUUCAUUUGAGAUGCUGGUAAAUGGCCAGUGGAUUUCUACGGACACCAAUCAAAUCAAGAGAAUGGUUGAAAAUCAGUUGAAAUGGCAGUUGGAUAAUCAAGUGAACACCCCUGAUGCUCUUCCAUCAACGCCUAAGUUAUCAACGAAGACAAAAAAGAAGAAAGGUCACAGAGAACUGAAGGACAAAAAUGCUACUGGUAUUAGGAAACGGCAUGUUCUAAAGGAGCAGGAUGGAGAACUAGUUCACUUCCCUGUUACCUGUGAUGGUGAUCAUCCAAAUGCUGACAGUGAUAUUUCUGCAAAUGCCGAUAUAUUGAAACAAUCGGAGGAACUUGGGCAUAGAACUGAGCUUGAAGCACAUGAAGGAAAGGUUGAUGAAAAUUUAGGGUAUCAAAGAGGAAUUGAAAUUGAGGCUAAACAAAAGCAGCUUGCCAAGCAGGAUGAGAAUACAGACACACCCCAAACUCAUGAAGAAUGUAGAGAGAGAAUGAAGAAAUGUAAUGAAAAGCUGGUGAAGUUAGAAGGUAAGAAAACGAAGAAGGAACAAGUGAGGGAUAUGAUCAAUUCUUUGGUGGCUUGGGAAAAGGAGCUGGAUGAGGAGAUUGAAUCACUGGAGUCCGACCUUGCAAAAUAGAAAGGCUUCUCUUGCUCUGUUCAUUAAAGGCCUGGAUGUUGCAGGUGCAUUGGUAGUUGAUACUCUUUGCACUGUAGAGUCAUUUCUCGUCCUAAUGCUCAUCUUUUCAUUUCUUGUCCUAAUGCUCAUCUUUUCAUUCUAAAAUUCCUAUUAUAUAUUUUACCAAUAUUAUCUUUAAGACUUGGCAUCAAUUUAAUUUCACUGUUCUUGUUAUCCCAAUUCAAUUAUAUUUGCUUUUGUUAUUUCCCCAUCCCUAUAU